AUCUAGCUAGCAUCCUCGAUCAGGCCCAUCCAUCAUCUUCAUUUCCCUACCAUAUCUCAUCUUAAUUUACACUUUCUUAUCUUUACUGCAUGUAGCAGGAUGGCGUCAUCAUCAUCAUCAUCAUCAAGUGCUUCUGCUAGGUCAUUUGGCUCUUCAUGCAUUUGGACUCCCCGCCAAAACAAGGUGUUUGAGAAGGCUCUGGCUCAGUACGACAAGGACACGCCUGAGCGGUGGCAAAAUGUGGCAAUGGCCGUCGGUGGCGGCAAGUCCGCUGCGGAGGUGAAGAGGCACUAUGAUAUCCUACUCGAGGAUCUCCGCCGCAUCGAAUCCGGUCAUUUCCCCUUUCCGGCUUACACCGGCAACUCCCACCUGCACUAUCAAUUAUAACUGUUGGCAGUAAUAAUGCAGAGUAAUAAUA